GGUGACAGGCGAUUGGAAUAAACAUGCACCAUGGUUGUUGUUCCAGGGUGUCUUUGAUACUAACAAUUCGAACCCGACGAGUCUAGCUUCUGGCACGAAUGGGAUGCCACAAUCAACAUCUGUGGGCUUCGCCUCCAUGAUAUGAAUAGGAACAUCUAGAUGGUCACGGAGCUUCAUCCCACGCCGUCGAUGCCCAGCGGAUAGCCUCAACCCAAGACUUAUUCACGAGUAUAGCUCGUUGCACACAUCUACACCGAUCUGGGGAUGUCCGCCUCAAGCAAAAUGUCGUCCUCUACAGCAGGCGCCGGCCUGUUCAGCCGCGGGUCGUCGGGAAAGGAGCCUACUAUGCGAGGACUGGUCUCCUUCAUUGCGGAUCUCAGAAACGCGCGAGCCCGCGAGCUGGAGGAGAAAAGAAUCAAUAAGGAGCUGGCGAAUAUCCGCAAGCAGUUCAAGGACGGCAAACUCAACGGCUACCAGAAGAAGAAAUAUGUCUGCAAGCUCCUCUACAUCUACAUCCUCGGAUGGGAAGUCGACUUUGGCCACCUCGAAGCUGUCAAUCUGGUCUCGUCGACGAAAUACUCGGAGAAACAAAUCGGAUACCUGGCGGUGACGCUCUUCCUUCACGAACAACAUGACUUGGUCCCGCUGGUGGUCAACAGCAUCCGGAAAGACUUGAUGGACCAUAACGAAUUGAACAACUGCUUGGCGCUUCAUGCGAUUGCAAACAUUGGCGGAAGGGAAAUGGGCGAGUCUCUUAGCGCAGAUGUCCAUCGCUUGAUGAUCUCUCCAACUUCGAAAUCGUUUGUGAAAAAGAAAGCGGCCUUGACACUUCUUCGACUAUAUCGUAAAUUCCCGGAAAUUGUUCAGAACGAAUGGGCGGAAAGAAUAAUAUCGCUGAUGGAUGACCCCGAUAUGGGCGUUGCCCUCUCUGUGACUUCUUUUGUCAUGGCUCUGGUUCAAGAAAGUCCAGAGCAGUACAAAGGGAGCUACGUAAAGGCUGCAAGAAGAUUAAAGAGCAUUGUCGUCGACCUGGAGUGCGCCCCGGAUUAUCUUUACUAUAAUGUUCCUUGUCCCUGGAUACAAGUCAAGUUGAUGAGGUUGCUGCAAUACUUCCCUCCUUCAAAUGAUACCCACAUUCGCGACCUAAUCAGAGAUUCUUUGCGUGGCAUAUUAGAUUCCACCAUGUCAACGCCUAAAAACGUGCAGCAGAACAAUGCGCAGAAUGCUGUUCUCUUCGAGGCCAUUAACUUGACGAUACACCUUGAUACGGAGCGCGACCUGAUGCUUCGGAUAUCAUCCCACCUUGGAAAGUUUAUACAGGCAAGGGAGACAAAUGUUCGAUACCUAGGACUCGAGGCGAUGACCCACCUGGCAGCCCGGAGCGAGAACCUGGAUCCAAUCAAGAAACACCAAAACAUCAUUAUCGGCUCCUUGCGAGAUCGAGAUAUUAGUGUACGUCGGCAAGGGUUGGACUUGCUGUACAGCAUGUGCGACGCAACAAAUUCACAAGCCAUCGUCACCGAGCUGCUCAAGUACCUUCAGAGUGCGGACUAUGCCAUCCGAGAGGAGAUGGUUUUGAAGAUCGCGAUUCUCGCGGAGAAGUACGCCACUAACAUCCAAUGGUAUGUCAACGUCUCGCUCAAGUUGAUCUCCAUGGCCGGCGAUCAUGUCAGCGAUGAAGUAUGGCAGCGGAUCAUCCAGAUCGUGACCAACAACGAAGAGCUCCAGGUGUACGCGGCGCAAAGUAUUCUGAAUUACGUCAAGCAAGACCACUGUCAUGAAACCAUUGUCAAAAUUGGGGGCUACCUGCUCGGCGAAUUCGGACAUCUCAUUUCAGAGAAUCCGGGCUGCAGUCCGAUAGAACAGUUCAUGGUCCUGCAGUCGAAAAUGCAAGGAUGUUCGUCCAGCACCCGAGCCAUUAUCCUCUCCAGUUUCGUCAAAUUCGUCAAUCUGUUCCCCGAAAUCAAACCUCAGCUCCUACAGGUUUUUAAGACCUACAGCCACUCUCUUGAGUCCGAGCUACAGCAAAGAGCAUGCGAAUAUCUUGCGCUUGCGGAGCUUCCGACAGAUGAUCUCCUUCGGACGGUAUGCGACGAGAUGCCCCCAUUCCCAGAACGAGCGUCGGCUCUGCUGUCUCGGCUGCAUAAAAAACAUGCCAAAUCAAGCGACCGACGCACAUGGGUCGUUGGUGGAAAGGACGCCAACGUGGAUUCCAAGGAGUUCAACCUUGUUCAGAACACCGGGCUCAAGCGGUCGUUCACAAACGCAUCGCCCAUUCAGGCUCGACCCGGAAAUGGUAUCCCUGCUUCCAACGGCAAGGCCACAAAUGGGACGUUCUCCAACGGACACGAGCUUGCUGGCUUGGAUAUGUCCGAAUCAGCCCCCAACCUCGCCAGCACAACCCACCUCAGUCCAGACUGGGAAGUGGGCUACAAUCGGAUGUUGCUCCGUUCGGAAGGAAUUCUCUACGAAGAUGCUCAAGUACAAAUCGGACUGCGUACCGAAUAUCGCGCCGACCGCGGCUGCGUCAUUCUUUACUUCAGCAACAAGUCCUCAUACUCAAUAGGAUCGUUCACGACAACGCUGGACAACCGUUCGGCAGAGAACCUGAGCUCCGACAUCAAGAGUCUGCCUGAACCUAACAUUGCACCGGAGGGUCAAUCGCAGCAGAUGAUCAUGUUCGAGGCCAAGAACGUCUUCUCCGACCCGCCGACAAUUCGGAUAUCAUACCUUGCUGGUGCCCUGCAGGCUCUUACCUUGCAGCUCCCCGUCGUGUUGCCCAAGUACAUGGACCCAGCCGAGUUGUCCGGCGACGACUUCUUCAAGCGAUGGAAGCAGAUCGGCGGCGGGACUCGGGAAGCCCAGAAGAUUAUCCAUGUGACGUCGAGAGACGGGAGGGUUACUCCGGAAUCUACCAGAAAGAUCGUGGAAGGGUUCAAAUGGGGCAUUCUCGAUGGAGUCGAUCCUAAUGCGAAGAAUAUCGUCGGGGCAACGGUGGUGCACACGAGUGCAGGAGGGAAGUUCGGUUGCCUCAUGCGCCUGGAACCCAACUAUGAGUCGAAGAUGUAUCGGCUCACGAUUCGGGCAACAGACGAGGGUGUUCCGCCGGUUCUGAUGAAGAUACUGGAGCAACGCUUGUCGCAGGGGUCAUGAUAGGAUGGAAACUGUCAUAUCAUAUUUGGGCAGCAUUGCCUACAUAUCAAGAACGUUGUUUACUAGCCUUUUUGGUGCGACAUAAUUGCGAGGGGUCGUACCCCGGGACUGGUGGAAAAUGACUUGAGCGACGUGAUAGGUACUCAGGAAACAUUGUGGUGAUUAAUCUCCUUCUUUGUUCAUAGUUUUCAUAUUCAUCUCACUCAUGAGAAGAGCUAUGCGGUCAUGACGGCUGGGAUUCCGAAGCAUCCUCUCGAACCUUGGCCUCCUUUCUCGGUGGCCUUUCCCCGAAUAUCGUACUCCCUACCCUCACUUCGCUACUGCCCAUUGCAAUUGCACCUUCAUAAUCGGAGCUCAUUCCCAUGGACAAAUCUAGGUCCUCGGGCUUCAGCCCUAG